AUGAAUCCAGCUACUAUUAUCACUAACUUUAACAAUUCUCAAUUGCAAACCCCACCCACUUCACCAGUUAGUUUUGAUAAAUACUACACCUAUUAUAACAUUCAGUUAGAACAAUCUACGUUAAUGCCUCAACCAUCGAAAAUAAAAAAUGGUGAUCCAUUCACUUGGUCAGAUAUACAAUUUAUUAUUAAAUCCAAUCAAUUAGAGAUCUUUGCUCGAUCACGACAGCAAACAAUAAAGUAUCAUAAAUUCAAACAAUGGUUAAAAGAUAAUAAAUUAAGUAUAAAUGAUUAUUUGUUGGAUUAUGAAUUACAUUGGAAAGAACUGGAAUUAAGAGAACAACAACAUGAACUUGUUUCGGAUAAAGAAUAUUCAAUUGAUUAUCCUGAAGAUUUAAUAUUCCAUAAUCCUAAUGAUAUUUCAAUAUUGUAUAAUAAAUUCCCAUAUUAUUUUGAACCCAAUGUCAAACAUAUUUGUAUUUGGUCAAAAUUGAAAAUCCCCGUUGAUAAAAAUAGUGAAGUUGGUGAUAUCUCGGUCAUGACGAAGAAAUUAAUAAAUAGAUACCUUGAAAAGACAUUUGUUGCUAAAGGUAUAUCAUGGGAUCAAAUUGUAUGGUUUAAAAAUUGGUUGAGUUUACAAAGUGUAAGAUCAAUUAGUCAUAUUCAUGUUAUAUUAAAAGAUGUUGAUGAUAAGUUUGUAGAUGAAUUGAUUAGUGGUGGAAGUGGUGAAGUAUUAACUUUAGAUGAUUAUAGAAAUUUAGAAUAG